GUUGAGGCUUUCUCUAGCUUGAGUGGUUUUGAGCACGUUGCCCUGUGCUGGAUGAAAAUAGUCCUACCAGCAAUGUAAGCCCUCGCAGUUCUAGAAGAGCUGGUGAAACAGAAGUCUUCAAAGUGUUUCUUAUUUCUUAGAGAGUUUUUUAGGUAUACAUCUUUGGGAAUGCUGCCUUAACUCUGUGUCCCAUCCUGAAGAGCCAGACAUCAAUGAAGCCAUGGGGGUCUCAAGGACCAAGAAGACAAAGGACAGCAGCAGUCGAAAACAAAAGAGCAAGUUGGAGAAGGGGCAGGGGAUGCCGAAGACAACUCAGGUGAAGGAGCAACCAGAAGAAAUACCAUGCAUGGGGCAGGCUGCUGUACUGAAAGGGAAGAAGAAAGUCAAGGAGAAGCCACUGCAGGAGAACACCAUCAGUAGAAGUUCUCUAAGGCAUGAGGUUGCAGAAGAAAAAGAUCUCGGCUCAAUCUGGCAGGAUGGGAUUCAAGUGAAGGAGGCAGCUUCAUCCUUGUUGGAGGAAACUGAUUCCACCCUCCACCAAGGGUCAUCAGUGGGACUGAAGGACUCCUUCAGGUCAAAGAGUAAAUCCCCGAGAGAGGGACCUGCAGUGGGACAGCAGCUCUCAGAAGCAGAGGAUGAAGUUGGGCUCCUCAAGCCAAGUAGAGGUGAUAAUGGUGUAGCUGAAUUCCUCUCUGGAGAGCCUGGGGCUUCAAGGUUGGCUGUGGAGGUCACUGCUUUGAUGGAGAGUGUGGAAAAUGAGCUAGACCCUCACGUUCCAAUGCAGAAAGGGGAUGCCAGAGGCAUGAAAAGAAAAAAACAAACAGAGAAGAAGCAAGAGCCAAAGAAGCAGAGGGAGAAUUUGUUGAGAAAUGGAGGGACCAAAAAGGAUAAGUUAGAGGAAAGCCUUGGGAAUGUGAUGGAGGACAUCAGGGAAGAAGAUGGUGCUGAUGGGGACAGGAAUUGUGGAGUUAGACAGGAUAAAGCCAAGCAAGGGAGCAGCAGCACGCGGGGAAGGGCUGAUGAGAGGGAAAAGCAGAAAGGGAGAGGGGAGAAGCGCAAGAAGGUAAAAGUGGAGGAGGAGGAGGAGGAGGAGGAGCAGGGGAGGAAGAAAAUAAAAAAGGAAAAAAAGGUGGAAGAGAAACAAGAGCUGGAAAGCUUGGGUGAGGAAUUAGGAGUGAGAGACGAAGAAAAGGAAAGUGAAGAUGGAAAAGGAAUAAAGGAGGAGGAGGUGGAUGAACAGGGAGAAAAGGGAUGGGGGCAGAUUCAGAGCAUGGAGACUGAGGAUAAGGAGGAGGAGAAUGGAGAUGUACUAGGGGAAAAGCAGAAAGAUAAGGAGAAAAAGCCAAAAGAGAAAAAGAAAGACAAAGAGAAGGGGAAGAAAGACAAAGAGAAGGGGAAGAAAGGCAAAGAGGAAGAGACCCCAAAGAAAACCCAGAAAAGAAAAUCUAAGGAUGAAGGAGAGGAGAAUAACAACAAAAGGGUUAAAAAGGAGAUAAAAGAAAAAGAGAAGAAAGAAGGAACAGAAAACAAGUGGAAAUGGUGGGAAGAAGAGAAGACAAACGAUGGGGUGAAGUGGAAACAGCUGGAACACAAAGGACCCUACUUUGUCCCUCUCUAUGAGCCUCUGCCUGAUGAUGUGCAAUUUUAUUAUGAUGGUAAACCCCUGAAGCUGAGCCUGGCCACGGAGGAAAUUGCCACUUUCUAUGCAAAAAUGCUUGAUCAUGAGUACACAACUAAAGAGAUCUUCCAGAACAACUUUUUUAAUGACUGGAGGAAGGAGAUGACACCUCAGGAACAAGAGAUAAUCAAGCAGUUGGACAAGUGUGACUUCAGGGAGAUUCAUAAGUACUUUGUGGACAAAAAUGAGGCACGGAAAGCACUCUCCAAAGAGGAGAAGCAGAAACUGAAGGAGGAGGCAGAUAAGAUCCAGGAGGAGUACGGAUACUGCAUCCUUGAUGGGCAUAGGGAGAAGAUAGGCAAUUUCAAAACUGAGCCUCCAGGGCUGUUCCGUGGACGUGGUGAUCACCCCAAAAUGGGCAUGCUGAAGAAGAGGAUUAUGCCAGAAGAUGUGAUCAUCAACUGUAGCAAGGACUCCAAGAUCCCUGAGCCACCAGUGGGGCAUAAAUGGAAGGAAGUACGCUUUGACAACACAGUCACCUGGCUGGCCUCGUGGACUGAAAACAUCCAGAACUCCUUAAAGUACAUCAUGCUGAACCCGAGCUCCAAGCUGAAGGGGGAAAAGGACUGGCAGAAGUUUGAGGUAGCCCGGAGACUAAAGGAUGUUGUCCACAAAAUCCGUGCUCAGUACCAGGCUGACUGGAAGUCCAAGGAGAUGAGGAAGCGACAAAGAGCAGUGGCUCUCUACUUCAUUGAUAAGCUGGCCCUGAGAGCAGGUAAUGAGAAAGAAGAAGGGGAGACUGCAGACACAGUUGGCUGCUGUUCCCUACGUGUGGAGCACAUCAAGCUGCACUCUAAGCUGGAUGGGCAGGACCAUGUGGUGGAGUUUGACUUCCUUGGGAAAGACUCCAUCCGGUAUUACAACAAAGUAUCAGUGGAAAAGCCAGUGUUCAAGAACCUGCAGCUGUUCAUGAAGAACAAAGACCAUGGUGAGGACCUCUUUGAUAGGCUCUCUACAACCGUCUUGAACAAACACCUUCAGAAGCUGAUGAAUGGUUUGACUGCCAAAGUGUUCAGGACCUACAAUGCUUCCAUCACCUUGCAGGAGCAGCUCAAGGCCCUCACUAACCCUGAAGACAGUGUUGCUGAAAAGCUUCUCUCCUACAACCGAGCAAACCGAGCUGUGGCCAUCCUGUGCAACCAUCAGAGAUCUACACCGAAAACCUUUGAGAAGUCAAUGCAAAAUCUGCAAACCAAGAUUGAUGCCAAGAAGGAACAGCUGGAAAAAGCCCAACAAGAGCUGGAAGAAGCUGAAGAUGAGUUAAAAGACAAAAAAGAUGCCAAAGCAGAGGCCAAUGUGCAAAAGAAAAAGAAGCUGUUGGAACGUCUGAAGGAGCAGCUGGCCAAGCUGAAUGUCCAGGCCACAGACAAGGAGGAGAACAAACAGAUAGCUCUGGGCACGUCCAAGCUGAAUUACCUGGAUCCCAGGAUUAGCAUAGCCUGGUGUAAGAAGUUUGGUGUGCCCAUUGAGAAGAUCUUCAACAAGACACAGAGGGAGAAGUUUGCCUGGGCAAUUGACAUGACUGAUGAGGAUUUUGAGUUCUGAGGAAGCACCUUUCCUGUUAGCCUCAUGCUCACCUGGUGCUGUUUAAUAACUUUUUUUAUGUGCUGCUGCAGUUGUUGCAGAGGUGGGAUGGUUGUCUAACACAAAUUUGUAGGCGGUUCAUGCUGGUUUUUGUAUUAAAGAAAAAAAAUACAAACCAAGUGUUAAAAGCAAAUACUACUGGCUUGUGGCACUCAUUCUGAGUGCAAAUUAAAUGUGAACUUUUAAUUCCUCCCUA